UAAAGAACCUACAGAAUGAAUUUAGUGGCCAAGCAUGCUCAAUGGCUUUACGUGUAUUCAAUCGUCUUUCCUCAGAAUGCAAUCACAGCGUUACACUGGUCACCCCUUGUGAAAGAUCUGAUUGUAUCUGGUGAUGAAAAAGGGGUAAUUGUUUGUUACUGGCAUAGCAGAAGUGACAGCCAGCAAUUCUUCCCAGAGCCUCGGACAAUUUUUUGUCUCACUUGUUCUCCUCAUCAUGAAAACCUGGUAGCUAUUGGCUACAAGGAUGGCAUGGUGGUUAUAAUUGAUAUCAGCAGGAAAAAAGAAGUUCUUCAUCGGCUAAGAGGUCACGACGAUGAAAUUCAUUGCCUGGCCUGGUGUCCUGUACCUGGCGAAGGAAGGUUACCUGCUUGGCAAGAUGAGCUCCAAGAAGAAGGUGACGUUCCAAACGGGGAGCUUAAACAAGAUACAGCCAUGAAGAAAAGUUGUUACUUGGCUUCAGGAAGCAAAGAUCAGACGAUACGAAUAUGGAGCUGUACUAGAGGCAGAAGUAUAAUGACUCUGAAGUUGCCACCCACAAAGAGAAGAGGUGGAGCUGUUGACCCUGCUGUUAAAGAGCGUAUUUGGCUCACCGUUCACUGGCCUUGUGGUCGUCCCACAGAAAUUGUAUCCAGCUCUUUUGGAGGAGAACUGCUACACUGGGAUUUGACCCAACCUGGAAAACGCAAGUGGACACUUUUGGGAUCUUCAGAAGGACAAAAUCACUCCCGUAUUGUUUUCAAUCUGUGUUCCCUGAAGCAUCAAGACAAAGAGCUGCUUUUUUCCAUUUCAAUGGACAGAGAUGUAAAGUGUUGGGACCUAUCAACUCUGGAUUGUAGCUGGACAAUGCCUUCACUUGGGGGAUUCGUCUAUAGUCUUGCUUUCUCCCCUGUGGACCCAGGCUGUCUUGCCAUUGGUGUUGGAGACAGCAUGAUCCGUGUAUGGAAUACUUUGUCUAUCAGCAAUAUCUAUGAUGUUAAAACCUAUUGGCAAAGCAUAAAAUCCAAGGUUACAGCACUGGCGUGGCAUCCAACUAAAGAAGGUUGCUUGGCUUUUGGAACAGAUGAUGGAAAAGUUGGCAUAUUUGACACAUUAUCUAGCAGUGCUAAGAAUAAGCCACCUCAGAUCUCCAGUACUUACCACAAGAGGACUGUAUACACAUUAGCCUGGGGACCUCCAACUCCUCCUCUAUCUUCCGGAGAAGAAGGUGAGCAUCCCUCUGUAACUUUAUAUAGUUGUGCUGGAGAAGGCAUUGUUUUUCAACACAAUCCUUGGAGACUUAGCGGAGAGGCAAAUGACAUCAACAAAACCAUCAGAGACACUAAUUCAAUCAAACACAAACUGCCUGCACGUACAGAGAUCAGCUGGAAACCAGAUGGUAAACUCUUGGCCCUUGGCAAUGAAGAUGGGUCAAUUGAAAUAUUUCAGGCUCCAAGCUUGAAGUUGCUCUGCACUAUCCAGCAGCAUCACAAAUUGAUUAAUGCUAUUCGGUGGCAUCAUGAGCAUGGGAGCGAUCCAGAGUUGAGUUACUUGAUAGCUUCAGGCUCAGUCAAUGCCAUUAUCUAUGUGCAUAAUCUGAAGAGUGUCAUAGAGAGCACUUCAGAAAGUCCUUUGACAAUAACAGAGCCUUUUCGAACUCUAGUAGGACACACAGCAAAAGUCACAAGUCUUUCUUGGAGCCCCCACCAUGAGGGAAGAUUGGUAUCAGCUUGCUAUGAUGGCACUGCACAGGUAUGGGAUGUUAUGAAGGAAGAGCCUCUCUGCAACUACCGAGGGCACCAGGGCCGGCUGCUGUGUGUCCAGUGGUCACCGGUGGACUCAGAUUCUGUUUAUACUGGAGCUGAUGAUUUCUCUGUUCACAAGUGGCUCAUCUCAAAGCAGGAGCAUACACGGCCCCCUCAGGGCAAAAAAAGUAUAGAAUUGGAGAAAAAAAGAAGUAUCCAACCAAAAGUAAAAGCCAAGAAGAAGAAAAAGCCUGUAGGAAAGAGUCCAACCAAGCAGGAUCAAGGCGAUGCCAUGAAUGGAGAUGAGAGCAUGAAGGAUACAUUGCUAGAGGAAAAUGGAGUGUCUGACCAUGAAGGAGAAAAAGAAGCUCAGGAGACAGAGUUGUCCAAUAAAGAUUGCAUGGCUGUGCCCAAGGAUACAUCUUUACCUGCAUAUGAUUACUCUUCAUUCAGCUCAUCAAAGCCUUUUGUAACCCAGAAAGCCACUCCUGUGAAAAAGGAUCCACCUAAAGAGAAACCAGCUCCUGAUGCCUCUCUGAAGAAGAGGAAACCUCGCUCUCUUUUACCCUUCAGCACAUCCAUGGAUCACAGAUCAAAAGAUGAAUUGCAUCAGGAUUGCUUGAGGCUGGCAACGUGUCUGAAAACCAAAGGUAUCAGACUUAAACUGUAGCUUCCCCUCUCUGAU